CGUAAAUCGAGGAACUGUACAGCAAAGCAGGUGUUAAAUGGGCUUUGCCCCAUUUUGCGAUGUCUUUUUGCCACAGUUGUUAAACAAAUGACUGCUGUUAAGUUAAUAACACAGUUGUUGAUUGUAUCUGGCUUCUCCUUUGACUUUGCUUGUCGCAAAAGGGAUCACGUGGCUCUGGGACACUGGAACUCAAAAAUCCAGGCCAGCUGCCAAUUGUCUGAAUUUUGAUCAGAUGUCUACAGGGAGCGGCAAGAAAAAUGGUCACAAUUCACUUUUUCCAGUGCUAUUGAAACUUCGAACAGAUACUAAAAGAAUUGUAAAUUGAAAAAAGAACAUUGGUUUCUUAGGGCUUUUGGCAUGCAAUGCUCAGUUCUGGCUAUGCUUCACUGCCACACACUUCUAAUAAGAACCCUGCCUUUCUCAACUGAUGGAGCAGAGGAUGUUUUUUAUUUAGAGGUUUAAGUGGCGGCAGGUCUGACACGUUGAGGGGUUUCCCUGCCCUGCAGCGGGCUGUGAGAAUUACCUGGAAGAAGAGGAGGAAGAGACGCAGCCCAGGCAGCGCAGGCAGAAAUAGAAGCUGUUCUAACUUGGGAAACCUGUUCAGGCUCUCUUUGAAUCGACCAAAAUGGCUUCAGUACGAGAAGUGUCCAGUUUCACUGAAGACCUGCUGUGCCCCAUUUGCCUCUGCCUCUUUCGGGAGCCCCGCAUGCUGAAUUGUGGCCACAGCUUCUGUGCUCCCUGCCUGGAGCCCUGCAUCCCCAAAGGGCAAAGACGAGGGCACUGCCCCGAGUGCUGCCAACCCUUCGCUUUGUGCCACAUAAUGAUCAACCGAGCCCUCUGCAACUUGGCCGAGAAGGCCCGGCUUCUAAAGCUGGAAGAAGGGACUCAGCUGAGCAGCACCGGAGGCUGGCACUUCUGUGAGGAACACGAGGAGCCUCUCAAGCUCUUCUGCAGCCAAGAUGAGGAGCCCAUUUGUGUCAUCUGCCGGAACUUGCCUCAGCACCGGGGACACGACUUCCUGCCCAUCAAAAACGCGGUUCAGACCUAUCAGAACCAGCUGAAGGCAUCUCUGGAGCCUCUUGAGGAAGGUCUCAAGCGGUUGAAAAGGAGCCAGUGCCACCAGCAGGAGAACAUUAUCGAGUUAAAGACCUGCUCCAAAUCCUUGUCGGAUCAUAUCUCUGAAGAGUUUGGGAAGAUGCACCAGCUGCUGAACGACAGAGAGCUGGCUAUAAAACAGGCCUUAGAGAACCAGACAGAAAAGAACUUGGCGCAGAUGGAAACCAAGUUAAAGGAACUGGACUGCAAGAUGGCUUCAUGUUCAGAAACUCUGUGUCGUGUACAAGCCGGCCUUGAAUGCAAAGACCACUUUAGUUUCCUUAAGGAGGCAAAAGAGUUGCUAGAGAGGGUCCGUAAUGAACAAGGAGCUCAGGACAAACCCAAACUAGAUGCUGAACUGGUAGGAGAAGAUGGGCUGGAGGCCAGCGGUGAAGACACACAUGAGUCUGAGAAUGAGACUGAUGAAGACGUUGAGGAGGAGGAAGAUGAGGAGGAGGAAGAAGAAGAUGAGGAGGAGGAAGAACAAGAGACAGAAGAGGAAGAGGAGGAAGAUGAAGUGGUGGCUGUAGACUUGAACCUGGGCGAGUUUAAAGGACCUCUGCAAUUCUACGCCUGGAAGGAGCUCCUGGAUGGGCUAUAUCUAGUUCCUACAAGGAUAACUUUGGACUGCAAAUCAGCUCAUCCUGGCUUGGUCUUCAUGCAAAAAGCCACUGGGGUCCAGUUCAGACCUGGCCAACGGUUUUGGCAAGAAAAACCGGAGAUGUUCACUUCCACCCGGUGUGUGGUGGGACGGAAGGGCAUUACCACUGGGCGCUUCUACUGGGAGAUCGAUGUUGGGGACAGCCCCGGUUGGAUAGUGGGGAUGGCCAAAAAGUCUGUGGAGCGCAAGAAGCAGCUGAAAUUUCUGCCCAAGGAAGGUAUUUGGGCUAUUGAGCUGAAGGUGGGAGAGUACCAAGCUCUGAGUGAGCCCCGUACGCCCCUCCCGGUCUGCAGAAGGAUGGAAAAAGUUGGGGUCUACCUGGACUUUGAAGGGGGGCAGCUCUCUUUUUACAACAGCAGCAGUAGGUCCCACCUCUACACUUUCCAAGCAUGCUUCCAUGAAGAGCUGCUGCCCUUUCUCAGCACUCAAAGCGACUACCCCCUCAGGGUGUGGAACCUGGAGCUUUGAGUGGAACCUGGAGCUCAGGGUGCUCUUAGCAUUGCAGAGAACAGCCCAGUGAAAGUUGAAAACAUUGAGAUGCGUUAGGAUGGCUGUUUUAAGAGUAAGUCCAUUCUAUUCCCUCUUUGCAAGCAAUUGCUGGAAGAUUUUUAUUUAUUAUAUUGUUUUAAUAUGCCUGUGAACCGCCCUGAGUCCUACGGGAGAUGGUGCGGUAUAUAAGUUUGAUUAAUAAAUAAAUAAAUAAAUUUGA